AUGUUGGGUUCACGUGCUUCUUCUGUUCAGAAAUGUGCUAGUGUUGCUCGACACCGACUUUUCUCCACCCUCAGAGUAAGCGCAGUAGCCCCAGUUCGAUCUCGUUCUUUAACUGAAACAGGAAGAAGAGCAUUCUUGCCUUCUACUCUUACUCAACUUAGAUCAAUUCAUGCUAGUGGAAUUCAUUUCUCCGAUGUUAUUGUUGUUGAGGGGCCUGCUUUCGCCGAAUCUAUCUCUGAGGGAGAUAUCAGAUGGCUCAAACAAAAGGGGGAGUUCGUAAAGGAAGAUGAGUUAGUAGCCGAAAUUGAAACUGAUAAGACUUCAGUAGAAGUACCCGCCCCACAAGCUGGAACAAUCGUUGAACUUCUCGUUGAAGAUGGAGCUAAAGUAAAUGCUAAGCAGAAACUCUAUAAGCUCCAACCUGGAGGAGAUGGCGGAUCUGCUCAGCCAGCAGCACCAAAGAAAGAAGAGGCCAAGCCUGCUGCAGCAGCUCCAGCCCAACCUCAGGCUCCUACUCCAGCACCACCAGCUCCUGCUCAAUCAUCAGCUAAAGGAGAUAUUCCAAAAUCAGCUCCAGCGGUACCAAAGCCACCAAGUUCCCCUGCUUCGUCUACUCCUGUUGGAUCUAUCCCUGUAACAAGAGUGAUUGUUCCUGCUGGUCUUGAUCCUGCUCAUGCUAUUACAGGAAGUCGCGACGAGUCUCGAGUUAAAAUGAACAGAAUGCGCACAAGAAUUUCUCAAAGACUGAAGGAUGCUCAAAACACUUACGCUAUGCUCACAACUUUCAAUGAAAUCGACAUGACAAAUGUCAUGGAGAUGAGAAACAAAUAUCAAAAAGCUUUCACCAAGAAACACGGACUCAAAAUUGGACUCAUGUCUCCAUUUAUUAGAGCAGCUGCCUACGCCCUUACAGAAAUGCCUGUAGUGAACGCUGUUAUCGAUGAGAAUGAAAUCGUCUACCGCAAGUUCGUUGAUAUGUCCAUUGCUGUUGCUACACCAAAAGGUCUUGUCGUUCCUGUUCUGAGAAACGUUGAAUCGAUGAAUUAUGCUCAAGUUGAAUUGGAGCUCGCAGCUCUUGGAGAGAAGGCUCGUGACAAUAAACUUGCUGUUGAAGAUAUGGAUGGUGGAACCUUCACCAUCUCCAACGGAGGUGUUUUCGGAUCUGUGUUCGGAACUCCAAUCAUCAACCCACCACAAAGUGCCAUCUUGGGAAUGCACGGAAUCUUCGACAGACCUGUAGCUAUUAAUGGAAAGGUCGAAGUGCGCCCCAUCAUGCAUAUUGCUUUGACUUAUGAUCAUAGACUUAUCGAUGGAAGGGAGGCUGUUACCUUCUUGAAAAUGAUCAAGACUGCAGUAGAAGAUCCCCGUGUUAUUCUCAUGAACAUUUAA